AUGGAGGAUGACGAGUUGUCCGUGCCUGACUCGCCCACUUUUGAGUCGGGCGACCUGUCGCCUGGGAACUCUCGAGAGAAACAGCGAGCGGCGUUGCAGACCUACCUCGACUGCAUGCCCUAUGUGUGCGAAUCCGUAGACGAAAUGCAUGCUAAGCUCGAUUAUAUCGUUGGACGUAUCUGCAUCAGCGUUGAAACCCGAAACUGGCUGGUUCUCACUACAUGGGACGGCAUGCUGCAGUGUUGGUUACUUAUGCACUACCCCAUGCUCAAGUCUACACGGGCGAAACUCGUCCGUCUCUACUAUGAAUUGUGCCUUGUCCCUGGGAUUGAACCUCGUGUUGUCCGAAGCUGGGCGGACAUGCUAUCGCGGCUGCUCAAUAACAAACCUGAGCAUAGGCGUAGGCUUGAAGCUGCUGAUCUUCAGCUGGCUUGGCAACCCUUAUGGCGAGUUCUUCAGAAGGAACUGUGGCCGAAGAAGAGAUUGCAUGAUUCAUCGCGGAAUAUGGUCAACAUUCUACUCUUCGUUGCUGGGAACUGUAGGAGAUAUUUCCCCGCGAGUGAGAUACCUAACAUGUUGGCAACGUUUUCGCCGUUGCUGACUCAAGAAUCCCUUUUGACUAUCAUUCCAGUCAUGACAUCUUUCCUGCCACCUACACAUGUUCAUCUAUAUCUUCCUAUGCUAUUUAAGUUGUGGGAGGCUUUCAACUCGUCUGUCAUAGAUGACAGACUUCUUGAAUUAUGUGGUGAUCUGUCCGAAGAUCAUAUCGCCGGUAUAUAUGGUGUUGCAGGAGAAGACGGAGCUGCCGAAUGGAAGGAUGUUGGUAUUUGGAGUGAGUCAGAAUGGACCAUGCUCGUUGGGAAAGCGCUAGGAUCUAUGAACGUCCCAGUUGGAGCGACCAGGGGUUCUACUACCACUGCAUUGCAUGCUGACAGCAUGGCUGACAAGCAAUCUCUAAGGGUCAAGAAGGCUAUUAACAGAUACCAUGCUCUGGCCAAGAUUAUUGUUUACUCUAUGUCCCUUGAUGGCCCGAUUCGAGGAGACAAUGACGACCACCCGCAGGAUGAUACUUCAUCAGCUCAGUCCAGCGGGUUCCUCGCAGGAUGUAGAGCUCUAGAUUCAUUGGAUAAAUUGAUCACUAGCACAGAGUCAUUCUUCCAUCCAUCUAACUCUGGUCCUUGGACUCUGAGCCUCACGCACUUCCUCCACCGUGUUACGGCUGAAUUCUGCAAGCGAUGGAAAGAGGAGCAACAGCCUGGUUGCAAAACGCCGGUUACCCGCCGCCUGACUCCGGCUAUCCGUCGUGCUUUCGUAACAGCUCUUCGGACACCCGCUCUUCUCGCGAUGUUUGCAAAGGACCCAUUUUCGAUGAGCUACGCCCAAACUUCCUUGCGCUCAAUGGCAUAUAUUGAGCCCAGUUUGGUCAUGCCCGAGCUGCUCGAGCGCGCGUACGGCGGGCUUGAAGUCGUCAACGAGACACAUCGCACUACCGCGGUCAUGACGAUGUUGUCAGGCAUCGCUCUACCUCUGGUCUCUGAGAAGAUGUGGCUCGGUGGUCAGAGGCACGUUGUACCUCUACUAGAGCUGUGCAUUCCUGGCAUUGAUCUGAAUGACCCGAUCAAGACGCUUUGCGCUACGAUGUUCAUAUCGUCCGUUGUACAGCAUAUCAAGAUUGCGGAUUUAUCGCUCCAACAGGCCGGGGUUCCACUGUCUAGCGAUGCUCCUGCCGAAGAAAUGAUGGAUGUUGACAUGGAGAAUUUGGUGCAGUUGCCGGAAGGUAUUGAAGCGGGUACCACACCUGUCCUCAGUAAGCAGGACGAGCGCGCUCUUGCAAGAGACAGCACUGCAUUAUUUGCCGAUUGGGUAACGUCUCUGUUCAGACGUGUCCUUGCUCUGUAUGAGAACCUUCCGGAGGAAGGUGGCAAACGGAACACUACCGGCGGCAAGAUGGAAGAAGGCGUGUUGAAGUCUAUCAAAAGUGCUUUGGAUAUGACCUGUCUGCACCUGUCGGAUCCACUCUUUGAUCUAGUCUUGAAUCUCGUGUACGACUACGCCACCACGAAUGCAAAAUCCAAUGCAGUGAGGGCGUUCGGGCAACUUGUGUCGUGUCUUGCUCGAGUGAAACCUCUGAAGACGAUCGAGAAAUUCCUGCCUUUCUGUAUGGCGCAGAUACAAGAUGAGUUGAAGCACGGCGCGUCGAGUGUCCGCACGACUUCUACACAUACAGCGUUGCCUUCGGACACCACUUUGCAUUGGAAUAUGUCCAUUCUCCGCGGAUGCUUCGGCUAUGGUGGUGGUGCCCUUUUGAAGUAUAAGGCCCAGAUGAUCGAAUUGAUGACCCUUCUUAUUGACAAAACCAAGAGCGAACGAGGCUUCAGUGGGACUGGCCGUUUAAUCAGCCGGAUUCUGCACACAGUAUCCAGCGUCUAUCCUAUUAACGCGCGAUUCGUGAACACCGAUGAAUGGGAUGAGCCAGAGUUCAACCAGAACCAUAAUCUACAUUGGGGUCGGUUUUAUGAUCCGGAGGAAGUAAAGAUUGAGUGGCAUGUUCCGUCCCGGGAGGAGAUCGAUUUCGUACUGGAAAUCCUGGAUCGAAUAGCUUCUCCCGCCUUGGACAAAAUUGAGAAUCUCCUCAAGACUGCCGGCAAAUGGGACAAUGUUGCCCGCAAUGACUUCUGCCGUUAUCUGCAUGCGGUCAGGUCGAUCUGGAGUGGACUACCGACUCUGUACCAGGAAGCCACUAAGGAGGUUCCAAAUCCUUGCAUCAACGUCGAAAUUGAAGUUGCAGCCCUUCUCGUGACCCCGCUUGACGCCAAAGCUGGAUUUGCGUUAUCUGACCCUAGCGAUCCAAGAUAUCAGGCGGUGGUAGCCCAUCGGACACGUUUUGGCACAGUUAUCCAUCGUGCUGCCAGGCUCUUGCAGCAACAAUUUGAGGAAGAAGACCACAUUGAUGCUAUCAUCAGUGUCUCGAAGGCUAUUGACGUCUUCCUGUUGGAGUAUGCGGUGACUAGAAGUAAUUUUGAUUUAUUCCGGAAGAUCUAUGCGCAAGCUCGAGAUGCCGGUCGAGUCUGGCCACAACAGAAGGAGAAUACUAGGAUGACGUUCCUGCGUCGUGCACACGCCUAUCAUGCAGGCAGGGUGUACAUGCACGCUUUAUAUCGUCGGCGGUCGCUUCUCGAGGAUGGAUUGCUACAGGACCUUGCGGAGAUGUCGUUAUCUCCUUAUACUAGAGUUAGAAGGCACGCGCAGGCUAUUCUGCAUAAUGCAUGUGGCUACUUUGUGCGGUCUACGAGAUUCAUUCUUCCCGAACUGUUUCGUGCGCUUGCGAAGGGCAGCGAUCCAGAUCGUAUGAAGGGUGCAUUGUAUGUCUUGUGGCAUAGAGGGACAGCUGCAUAUGCACUGGCUGACCUCAAUUUCCAUGGUCAGUAUCUGUUGGCGCUACUUGAGUGCCAACAUCAGGAGAAGCCUUCGAUUCAGAAAUUGGUCGGUAGUCUCGCACAGGAUGCUUUGAUGUUGAUGGCCGAAGAAUCUGUACACACAGAGGCUUACCCAGAAGAGGUCCCUGGGGUCCUCAGUGCGGUGACCGAUCUGAAGAAAGACUUAGACUAUCUGGAAGCUUAUGGCGAGGUGCAGGAACAAGCCCUUCAAAGAGUGGGGGCGCGCAUGGCACGUCGGAAUGAACGUUAUGUCCAGACGGUGUCCGCUAUCCUGGAGGUGGCGUCUAAGCCAACGACCCACUGGCGAUAUCUUCAAAUUGCCGCAAAGUUUUUGUACGCGCUCCUGCGAAGGGAUUUUCCGCCCUCUCCAGAGCUCGCACGAUUCUUCACGAGGCUCAGUAUCAGUCCUCAUCCCACAAUCCGGACAAUUGCACAAAAGGGGGUUACGAAGAUAGCUUGUCACAUCAAGAUGCGCACCUUUUCCAAAACAAGCGAGGAAUUAUGGUUGAAUGAAUGGACCAAUCCCCUCAAGACGCAUGUUACUAUAUCAGAUCCAUCGCAGUCUCUGCAAACCAUCCAGCAACUGACAUAUGCACGAGAUGACAAUGGAGAGCUUUACGUGGACAAGAUCAAAUCGGGGUUUAUUCUGUGGUCUCCUUGCGUCAAGGCAUAUCGGGCUGUUCCCCAAGACGAAUCACCGUUCUUCUGGGAGUCGACAUCCACGCCAGCCUUGGACGCAAUGAAAAGUGCCAUGCAGGAAGACGAUUUCUUUACCACUCUCGCUUCUCUGUGGGGUCAGGAGUCUGCCAAGAUUGGAGGGUCCCCGGAGAUGCGAACAGACAACGUGACCUUUGUGAAGUCUCUGGCGAAGAUGUUUGAGCAUGAGGCGCUCGAUGCCAUGUUGUCCGUAAUCGAUCCAUUGUUGAUGGAUGUAGACCGGUUCAAACAGCGCUCUGGCGCAGAGAUGCUUACUGGUUUAUUGCGAGGGUCUAAGCACUGGCCAAAACGGAGGUCCGAUCAGCUAUGGGCAUGGAUGGCCGAUCGCCUGAAGGUUAUAUAUGCUCAAAUGAAGCCAGAUACUAUGACCUUCUGGGAAAGUCUGUUCAGUGAAUUACUUUUGGAUAGAGAUCCUCGCAGGGCAGCACCUAUGAUCGAUUGGAUCAUGUCCCUGCCGCUGGAAUUCCAUGGUGAUUCUGCCUUUGAUAUGAACAAGUCGCUGUCCCUAUUUGGCAUUCUUGUCGACUCUUGCUCACUUCGUUUCACUCCCUUGUGUAUCAAAUACAUUGAUCUGUUCCUCAGUAAUGCCAACACAGGAUACGCGGAGAUACGGACGCAAAUCGCGCAGAACAUUCAUGCUAUCCUAAGGAUAUCAUGGCAGCCUCUCUACCCUUCGUUGGAUGCAUUCAUCAUUGCGUGCCGAACUACCAGUGACCCUCUUCAUAUCCGUAACGCAGUCUACAUGGACCGUAUUAUGCGCGUUAUUAACAUGUUCCCCACGUGGAGGAACGAGCGACUACCUCCACCUCGAGUGACCCAAUCACAAUACGACAAAGUCGGACUCACGAUGUUGCAGUGGAUUUGGGAUUGCGCACAUGGAUCUCAGGCUGCGCUGGUAUUCCCUUAUGCUGUCGCCCUCAUGCCUGAAAUUCUACGCAUGUCAGAGCUUAAUGACAACUCCGAAUUGCAAACGUACAGUUCGGCUGUUCUGUAUGUGCUCUCAGCUGUUACACCUCCGCCCGAGUAUGUAGAUGUUAUCGCGGAGAACUUCAUGAACGCCAUCAAGUCGACCUCGUCGUGGCGCAUACGAAUGAAGGCCCUACCCACGUUAAUUGUCUUCUUCUAUCGCAAUCUGUUGAGCGUAUCCGACACGGUGGCGUCGAAGCUGAUGGAUGUCCUUCUUGAGUGCCUCUCUGACGAGAACGUCGAGGUACGGGAGAUGGCAUCAAAGAUGCUUUCAGGCGUAGUCAGAUGUUCGCAGAGGCAGAGCAUUGUUGCUUUGAGGGAUCACUUCGUGGCGCUCGCCAGAAAGACGAGACUUCCCAAUCGCAGGGAUCCGACUUACGCAGCAUCAUUACGUUCACUGCACUCCGCCAUCCUGGGAUUGUGUGCGUUGAUAGAAAGCUUCCCGUAUUCCGUGGAGGCAUGGAUGCCACCUUUGACAGACGUGCUGGCCCUCCAUGCCACUGAUCCGGUGCCAAUAUCGACAACAAUACGGAAGUCCGCAUCGGAAUUCAAGAAGACUCACCAGGACACUUGGCAUAAAGAUCAACUUGCGUUCAACGAAGAUCAACUUCAGAAUCUCUCGACUAUGCUCGUCGGCACCUCUUAUUAUGCUUGA